UAUCAUUUGAAUCAAGUUUGUGUAUUCUAAAAAUAUUUAUAAUUAAAUAUAAAAUAAAAAAGUGAAUAAUUACUUUUGAUAACGCACAUAAAAUACAAAUUUAUAGCAUGGCUACUUAUGCUGCUUUCAAACAUGUUGAGCUUUACAAUGUCGGCAAAGCAAAAAAGAGAGUAUUGAGGGCGCCUGGUGGAGUCUCAAGUGACAUUUUUGGAUCCGAUAUGCCUCAAACUCCAAGGAACAGCAAAAACCUAAUGGCCUCGAAUAUAUUCUCUGCCGAUAAAGAUGCCGCUCAGAAGAACAACGUGCGGCAAGGAGCUCACAGAUUCUAUUUCAUUGGUGAUACACCACGUCGAGGUCAAAAACCAGUUGACUCAUACUCGCGAUUGUUUGGAGAACCGGCUCGUCCCGUAACACCUGGAAAGAAUCACAUGAAAAGCAGCAUUCCCUUUGGACAAAAUCCGAAUACUGCUCAAUUAAAUUCCAAGGGAAAUUAUAACGGAAAAAGUGGUUCCGUUUCAUCUGCAUCAUCUUCUGUAUCUUCUUCAACUGAGAAUCUUAAAAUUAAUGGAGGCAUAAGAUCAGAAGGUAAUCCCGUUACAGGAGAGGGAUACAAAGCUGGCGGUACUGAUUACAUACAACCAGGUCAUAUCAACGGCGGGAGUCAAGUUAUCAACAAGAAUCGUAUCCCACCUGGUGGUUAUUCAUCGGGACUCUGGUAAUUCAAAAUUACAGAGACUCCCGAUAAAAGACAGCAUGGUAGAUGUGCACAGUAAAUGAGCAGAUAACAGACAGCCUUGCAAACAAAUAUAUUCUCAAACAAAAAACGGAACCCCCUUCUAUCUACAUACGCAAAAACUAGACGUAGCAUUUUAAGUAAUAAGAAACUGCAGAAGACCAUCCAUAUCGAUUGAUCGGCAUUCAAACAAAAACUUGAAAAAAAAA